AUGUCCGCGCCGGCCAGUCUAGGCCGAGUCAGGACCUGCGAGAACUGUGUGCGUGCUAAAAUUAGGUGCUCGGGCACCUCGACCCAAGGCUGCGAUCGGUGUCUCCGUCUGAACAGAGAUUGUUAUUUCCGCGCAACUAAAGCUCGUACUCCUAAGAAGAGGGAGACGCGAAUAGAUGCACUCGAGGACAAGGUGGAUCGAAUUUUAGGCCAGAUCAAUCAGCCUCACUCAAGCCCCCAACAGGCACCACUGCCACUGCCACUGUCCUCGAAAAGUGAAAGUUGUGCUCCGACUCCUCGAAAUCCGUGCGAUGUGAUCGGGAACGGGCUGAUCACCCGCGAAGAGGCAAAUCGUUUGAUAGAGAGCUUUCGUGAGGCCAUAACGUAUUUCCCAUUUGUACAGCUGCCGAGAAACGCCACUGUCGAGGAUCUCAGAUCGGAGAAACCCUUCCUCUUACUCUCGAUUCUUUUGGUCUCCUCGUUUCGAAAUGUCCCGCUGCACCUGGCCCUCGAGGAGGUUUCGACGUCUUACCUUGGGGGACAAGUCUUGCAAGGCAAUCGCCAACAACCCUUCGAUAUACUACAGGGAUUGCUGGUUACUAUAGCUGGGCAGGUUCUAGACAAUUUCUCUCUUCAUUACAUUCACAAAAGCUAA